UCGCGUUGUUGCACCUCGCGAUGCAUGUGCAACUACGAUACCGACACCGACAUUCCAGGCCCCGUGGAAUGUAUAAGGAGCCCGGGUGCCUACAUAUAAUUGAAUGGGUGCCCGGAGAACAAAGACAGCCCCUCUGCGCACAUCCUUUCCUGUUGUUCGAUACUUCGUGCGGACGGUAUUUUUUUUUUGCAAUUCUGCACCCUCGAUGAAGACUGGAUCCACACUUUUGCCUGCGGCCCUGCUGCUGAUCCUGGCGUCGCUGGCCCUCGCCCACGACCAUGGAGACGAGCACGGCGACAUGAACAUGGACAUGCACACAGACAAAGCCCACUCGCAUCCGCUGCCAUCGCACAACACCAGCAUCAGCACAAACGCCGGAGCUGAUGCAAGCAAUGCAUACUACUUCGCCCUCGCACCCCAUCGCGGCUGGCUAUACCUUCACAUCCUGACCAUGCUAUUGAGCUGGGUGAUAAUCAUGCCUGUCGCAACAACGCUCUCACUCGCUAGUUCGCGCCACCACGUUCCCGCGCAGAUCUCGUUCCUGACCACCAACGUUGCCGGAAUCGUUUUCGCGGCGGUACAUGCCGGGUUGACGGAGGACCUGUAUCCGGCGGCUUCCCACCGGAAGCUGGGAUGGGCGCUGCUGGUAAUCUUGGGUGUGCAGGCGGCCGUCGGCAUGCUUGCAAGAGUCGUCAGAAACUCGGGACACGAACACGGAGGCGGCGGCGGGUUCAGGGCGGUGCCUGCGUAUGAAGACGAGGCGUAUUCGCGGCUUUAUAGUGAUCGGCGCUCCGCCGAUAGUGGGCAUGGCGGGUCGGUGGAUCAGGAGUCGUCGGGAUACGGCGACGAGGACCACGGGCUGGAAUGGGUAGGGGAGAAAUCGGCGCGUGGACGAUGGUGGGUGGAUUUAGCCACCCUGGAAAAUGCGCUGUCGGCGAGCGUGCCGGGGAUUUUUAAUGAACGGGUAGUGAAGAUCUGUAAUCUUGUUUACUCGGUCAUUGCGAGGUUCCUUAUUCCGCUGGGGUUUACGCAGAUUUGUUUGGGCAUUGUUACGGGGGCCGGGAUCUUUAUGGGCAGCAGUGUGCUCAAUGGGCUCGCGCACUUCAUCAAGGGCGGGGUCUUCUUCCUCUACGGAAUCUUGACGCUCAGCCGGUGGCUCGGUGCCUUUUCUGAGCUCGGCUGGUCAUGGAACCUCAAGCCGACGACAAGCCGAGCCUUCACCUGCGAAACCGUCGAAAGCGGCGGAAUCUUCCUCUACGGGUGCGCCAACGUCUUCCUCGAGCAUCUAGCGAGCUGGGGCGGCGCCUGGUCGCACGGCGAUCUCCAGCACGUGUCGAUCGCAUUCAUGUUUCUCGGUGGGGGACUUCUGGGUCUGUUGCUAGAAAGCACUUGGAUCUGGCUGGUCUUGGGGGGACAGGACCACUCGGAUCACCCCGCGCACAACGCGGGGUUCACCCCCAACCCCCUGCCCGCGCUCGUCAUCUUCCUGCUGGGAACAUUGAUGUCGCAGCACCACCAGCACUCGCACUUCUCCUCAACGAUACACACACAGUGGGGCGCGCUCCUCGCCGCCGCGGCGGUGUGCAGGUCGCUCACGUACUUGCUAUUCUUCAGAGUUCCGCCAAGGAGCACGCAGCCCACGCGUCCCCCGACAGAAGUGCUCACCGCGUUCUGUCUCAUCGCUGGUGGAGUGGUGUUUAUGUGCAGCAAUAGGGACACAGUCAAUUACCUGGAGCGAAUAGGUGUCGACGCCAUGUUCUCUCUUACGCUGACGGUGGGUGUCACUGCGCUGUGCAUGUGUUGGGUUACGGUUGUGGUCGCUGUGGGGGCUUGGGCGGGUGGAAGGAAGGCGGAGGUGGAGCGGGUAUGAGCGCUCGGUGGACUGGUUGCUUGGACUUUGUUUUUUGGCUGGAGGUAGAUAGUGUGGCGGUGUGUGGCGCUGUGUGUCCAUGCGGUGGAUGAUAGCAUGUGACUGAAGCUGGUUUGCACGGUUGGCGCUGGGUGUGGGUUGGACCUGUGCUUAGCUGUUGAAGAAACACACAUCGUUGCGUGCAGUGUCAGCCAGAAUGAGUAGCAUCACAUGCUUCUGUGGAAAUAACGGAUCGGGGUGGACUAUAUACACUCACAUGGCCGCCAGAGAUCGUCUUGUGUCGAGACCCAAUGCUAUACAUAAUCUCACUCGGGCCUUUUGCUCGUUCUUUGUCUGAUUAGAUUAUCACGUGGGUUGCUUGGGGUGUUUGUACAGCUCUUGCUUUGUUUACUACGAUCCCCCUUUUCUUUAACAGUAGCACUUAUCAUCC